AUGCCUGAGCACUAUAGCUAUCAUCCAGUCAGCCCAGAUCCCGACAAUGUCCGGCCUCCUGAGACCCUUCCCCUCCGAGGAAUCACUCCAAAUAGUGCAGAAACCCUGAUUGGCCCCGAUUCGCAGUCAAACGUCAGGGAAAAUACACGAUGGCGGCGGACAACAACUACUACAACAAUAGCAAGAACGGACAUGAUAGAGAGCCAUGGAUCCUCACGAAGAUUGCGCACACAGAACCGGCGGUGGGUUGCGCAAUUCGUUUCAGUUGCAGCUGUCGCCCCGUUUCUUUUCCUUGCCGGAAUCGCGUUCUGGCUGAACAAUCGCGCAGUGGAGUAUGAGAGCUGGGACCGAAUGCAGCUGGCAAUGAAAGUGCUUGCUACAUUCUUCCCUAUAGUUUUUGCUGCCGUUGUAGGCCAGACAAUGCGACAGGCUGCGCGGUGGAAACUCGAACGCGGCAGUCUCCUGGGCUUGCUUGAGCAGCUGAUGGGAAGCAUGACGGUGUUGGGAGCGAUAUCUACACAGCUUGCGAUGCGAUCAUUCAAUAUCCUGGGACUUUGUCUUUUCCUCGUCUGGGCUCUCUCACCACUCGGUGCACAAUCUGUGCUACGCAUUAUGUCUGCUGAUUUGCGCAAAAAUGCCUCUCUCGUUGCCCUUGCACAUUUUGACACAAACAACGCCGGGGUUAUGUCGGCGAAUAUCUCAUACUGGCAAGCGAAAAGCCCUGCGCCUGAUAACCUCUAUUUCACAGCCCUCCUGACUGCCAGCACCACCAGAUCUUCUACCUCUGACUUCUGGGGAAAUGUCAAGCUACCGCUCAUAGGAGAGCUUGAUCAACAAGACUCGGCAGGCAACACUUCUGGAUGGCGGGAAAUUCAGAAUUAUACAUUAGUGAAAACAUAUCCAUCACUGCUAGGGAUUCCUGUCUCCGGCCUCUCACGAGUUGGGAAUACAACUUUCAACAUCAACAGCUCCUACUUUGAUGUCGACUGUCGCACGGUAGCUAAUGAUUCUGGCUCAGGAGUGUGGCCAUCGAGAGUCAACUACACCGCUUACAAAUUUUUCACGUAUCUUAACCCUUCGAAUAAUGGGACAGAGCUAAACAGCAACAGUAACAGCAUGGAGAAGUACUCUGCUCCCAUUAUCCGGUGGAUAUCUCCAAAUUACAGCCCAUCUAAUUACCGUGGGGUUACGUAUGCGGACUGCAUUGUCCACGAGCAGUUCGUCGAAGUUGCUGUAAACUGCGAAUGCCCUGAUAUAGGCGCUUCCAGUAGCAGAGGUGACUGCUUCGCAAGUGCUGUUCGACUCCAAAGACGUACAUCUCCUCGUUCGCAGUCAAUAUUCUCAAACAUCCAUCUGUUCGACCAGUUCGCCACCGCUCUUAAAUCUGCAACCCCGGUGACACAUCCGGGGACCCCCUCAUUCAUGGAGCAGUACAUGGCUAGUCCAAACGGAACAGUUGGAGAAGAGGUACCCGCAACAGACCUCUUCAGAUUAUCGAAGGAAGUAUUUUCGCAGCGCCUCAUGCACCUUAUCAAUACGUUCUAUAUAGCCAGGCUUGGUCCCAUAAUUAUGACAGGAGAUUUCCCGUGGACUAGCGAAAACGCCGCGUAUGGAUAUCUUAGUUCUGCUCCGAUCAAAAGUAUCUCUGGCGUCUUUACACAGCGUGAUACGAUUCCCACUUGCACCAUGAACUGGGGGUGGUGGAGUAUGUUCCUAUUCGCCUCCCUCUUCAUGGUUGGUGCCUCCGUUGUCUCGUUUACCUUGGCUUCACGGACGCUCAAUCCGGAUAUUCUUGGUUACAUAUCGACCUUCACACGAGACAACCCACAGCUCUAUCAUAUUGCUAGCGUAAGUAGCGCAGUAAGUGGCUUAGAGCGGGCCCGUGCGAUGGGGGAUGUGUCAAUCAGAUUCGGCGAUGUUCGAAGUGAUGACCCUACGAAGGGCGAAUUGGGAAUUGGGGAGACAAAGUGGACGAGUCGAUCAGAAUCUUCCCGAUAUUACCAAUAG